AUGGGUAGUUAUCCAUUCAAUGAAAAAGAAGUUGUAAAUACCAUCGAAUUGGAUAUUAACAACGGAAAUUUACAAAAGCCAAAUAUUUACAAUAAAUAUUUACCAUUUUAUGAAUUAAUUAAACAACAAGGUUAUAAAUUAUUCAAUGAAAUUAAAGAAAAUUUAUCUCGUACUAUUCAAUUGGCUGAAUUCGAACCAGGUUUCUCAUUUUGGUCAGCAAAAUUAGAACGAUUUAUUUAUCUUUAUGGAUAUUAUUUUACCAAAAGUGAUCAUAUUAAAUUGAUUCAUUUCUAUUUAUCUAUUCUUACAAUUACUAAUCUCAGUUAUUCAAAUGUAGAAAUAUGUUUAGAUAUGCUCAAGCAACUUCUAAGGAAAACUCGUCUAAUUACACGAGAUGAUUUAACAAUUGACUGGCGUCUUUUCUACAAAUGGGCUAAACUUAUAUUUGAUAAUAAUGAUAAAACUUAUGGAUUAGUUUGUUUACCUGAGUUCGUCAUUUUCAUAAUAAAUAUUAAUACUAUUCUAAUAUAUUAUUUUUUUUUUUAA